AUGUUUUUCUGCUACUUUAUCCAGCAAAUCGCCGUCAAGCAUAAGCCCCAACUUCGCACGCCCGUCGCGGCGACGGCCAUCGUGUAUUUCCGCCGGUAUUUCGCCAGUUUCUCCUACUCCACGUGCGACCCGUCGCUGCUGGCUGCAUCGGCUGUUCUCCUGGCCAUCCGGUCUGAGGAGGCGGCUCCCGCGUCAAGUGGCAUUGCCGGGGCUCGGACCAUUGCUACCGCGGCCAAAGUUGUUG